AUGACCGAGAAGCUCCAAGAAGACAUCGAAUUGUAUGCGAGAUAUCGAGGGAGAUUCCACCGCGACGAAGCUUGCCACGUCGGGUUUCGCGAUUUGACUGUCAAUGGCCGCAAUUACAACUCAGACUACCAGCGGACUUGUGGCAACUACCCAUUUUCUAUACUCCAGCAGCUUCUAUACCGGAGACCUAGCAUUAUUCCGAUCCUAAGACAGUUUGAUGGGCUUAUCGAACCAGGAGAGACUGUACUCGUACUUGGUCGACCGGGAAGCGGUUGCUCUACUUUUCUCAAAACACUGUCCGGUCAACAUGACGGUCUCACCAUCACGAGUGACAGCAAAAUCAGAUACAACGGCCUUGAGAAUCAGGAGCGUCACGGAGAAUUAGUAUACCACGCCGAAACCGAUCACCAUUUCCCGGAACUGACAGUCCAUGACACUCUCAAGUAUGCUGCUUCCGCGAAGGUCCCCUUAUACGAUUCGGCCAAUUCCUGUCGGAGCGAAAGAUUGCAGUCUGUCACUGACUGUAUUCUGAAGUUGUUCAGCCUUGAGAGUAGUGCUCGGACUAGAGUCGGAGAUGACCUGAUUCGUGGGGUCAGCGGCGGUGAAAGACAACGCAUCAGCAUAUCAGAAGCAUAUGUAUGCAAUGGCAAGGUACACUGCUGGGAUCAGAGUACUCGAGGCCUAGACAGUGCCACAGCUUUGAAUAUUGUGAAGCUUAUCAAGGAGUCUUCCCGCUCAUUCGGAACUGUAAGCCUGAUGAGCUUAUACCAAGCGUCUCAAGACAUGUACGAGACAUUUGAUAAAGUCUGCCUCCUCUACGAAGGAAGACAGAUAUACUUUGGGGCAGCCAGUGAGGCCAAGGAAUAUUUCACUAGCCUUGGAUUUGUCUGUGAGGAACGAAUGACUACUGCAGACUUUUUGACAUCCUUAACAAAUCCUGAGGAGCACGUAGUCACGGAAGGUUUUCACAAAAAGGUUCCACGCUCGGCUGAAGAUUUUGAAGUAAUUUGGAAGGCAAGUACAAAAAGGAAAGAGCUAAUUGCUCAGAUUGAAAAGAUGGUCUCUGUCGAAGUACGCGGUGAAAUGGAAUCUCAAGAUCAAGAUGCUCACCUGGUGCAAAAGAAAAGCUCAUACGUCCUGCCCUUCCACUACCAAGUUGCGCUCUGCAACGCGAGGGCACUUCAGAGGAUGAAGAGCAACAUGGCAGUGCCGGUUUCAGGCAUACUCGCACAAGGCGUGCUUGGAAUCCUUACAGGUAGUAUGUUCUAUAAUCUGCACUCGGACACGGCAAGUUUUUACAGUCGAGGGGCUCUUGUAUUCUUUGCAUCGCUACUCAACGCAACCGCGAGUGGAUUUGAGGUUGGGACUAUAUGGGCACAGCGCCCUAUUGUCGAGAAGCAUCAUCGCUAUGCACUCUAUCAUCCUUGUACCGAGGCUAUCGCGGCCAUGAUAUGCGAUAUCCCAGCCAAAAUUCUCUCAUCCUUACUCCUCAACUUUGCUGUAUAUUUCAUGAGCAACCUCCGAAGAACCCCGGGCGCUUUCUUUACAUACCUUGUCUUCGCAUUUUCUCUCCAUCUUACCAUGUCGAUGUUCUACCGUAUGGUGGGCUAUCUUUCACGCACCUUAGCACAUUCUAUGGCUCCUGUGUCUGUUUGGAUACUUAAUUGGAUAAUAUCCACAGGUUUCAUUGUUCCUACGCGUGAGAUGAGGCCCUGGGUGCGAUGGAUCGGAUACAUCAAUCCGAUUGCCUAUGCGUUCGAAAGCAUGAUGUUGAAUGAAUUUGACGGCCAGAGGUUUCCAUGUACCACUAUCAUUCCAAAAGGGCCGCCUUAUGAUAGUAUGGAGGAACGAAUGAUGACGUGCUCUACUGUCGGGUCAAUUCCCGGAGAGACGUAUGUUGAAGGCAAUCGUUAUGUCUCGGAGAGCUUUGGAUUUGAGCGAAGCCACCUCUGGAGGAAUUUGGGCAUUCUUUGGGCCUUUUUGAUAGUGUUCAUGAUUGUGUUGAUUCUCGGAGCUGAAUUUGCAUCUGCAGAGAAGCCACGCGGAGACAUACUGAUAUUUAGACGUCCAAGCAGUUCGAAGAGUCCAAUCACCACGGGGCACAAGACCGUGGCGAAAGAGGCACCAGCAAGGCUGAGUGGUAUGGCGAAUAUCCAGAGCCAUAAUUCUGUUCUCCACUGGAACGAUUUAUGCUACGACAUCAAGUCUGGGUCUGCCAUGAAACGUAUCCUAGACCAAGUAGAGGGUUGGGUGAGACCGGGUCAGCUCACUGUGCUCAUGGGUGCGACAGGAGCUGGUAAGACAACUUUGCUAGACGUGCUGGCCAAUCGCACUCGACUUGGAGUCAUCUCAGGAAACAUAGCCGUUGAUGGGAGGCCACGUCUACCGGCGUUUCAACGUCAGACUGGCUACGUACAGCAGACAGACAUUCAUAUACCAGAACUGACUGUGAGAGAGUCUCUUAUGUUUAGUGCAUCACUUCGACAGCCUGCCGAUAUCAUGGCAGAAGACAAAGCUGCCUAUGUCGAGCAGGUGAUGGAAACCCUCGAGAUGAAGUCUUACGCAGACGCCGUAGUUGGUAUACCUGGGAAUGGUCUAAACAUCGAACAACGCCGACGACUUUCAAUUGCGACGGAACUGGCGGCGAAGCCAGCUUUGUUGUUAUUUCUUGACGAGCCGACAUCGGGACUCGACAGCGAGACAGCUUGGCUGAUUUGUAGAUUGCUUCGCAAACUGGCAGAUGGGGGUCAAGCUAUUCUGUGUACUAUCCACCAACCGUCGUCGCACAUCUUCAACACAUUCGACAGACUCCUGCUUCUUGAUCGCGGCGGACGGUCUAUUUAUUUCGGCGAUAUUGGCCACCACGGAGCUAUCAUGAAGAACUAUUUCACUUCGCAUGGUGCUCGUGACUUUACAGAGCACGAAAAUCCGGCGGAGUGGCUUCUGGAGAUGGGUUCGUCCUCAAAAUCCGACGACACAAUUGAUUGGGUCAGUGUCUGGAGGAAUUCGCAACAGCGCCGGGAUGUACAAGAACAGAUAACAAAGCUCUCGGAGAGGCAGUCGCCUGCGGUGUCUAUAUACGACUCGAGCGAAUUUGCGGUGCGGUUUCCUACGCAAUUAUAUACCGUUCUCCUAAGGGCACUGCAACAGGACUGGCGCGUACCCUCCUAUCUAUACUCCAAGGUAUUACUGAGCUUUGGAAUGGCCUUUUCUAUAGGAGUGUCAUUUUGGGCAGCACCUUCCACCAUCCAGGGCACACAAGGACAAGUGUUUGCCGUCUUCCUCCUCCUGACACUGUUCAGCAAUAUGAUGCAGCUGUUGAUAUGGCGAUUUGCAUAUAGCCGCGCAAUCUUUGAAGCUCGUGAACGGCCAUCCAAAAUUUUCUCAUGGAAGACUUUUAUGUGCUCAACCAUGAUUGCAGAGGUGCCAUCUCAGACAUUCAUUGCGGUCGUUGUAUAUGUUUGUUUCUACUACCCAGUAGGCAUGUACCGCCACAUGGGCUCAGCUGUGCGUGAGAGGAGCGGAUUGAUGUUUAUGCUCAUCUGGGCAUAUCUGAUGUUCACGUCGUCUUUUGCUCACAUGAUGGCCAUCAUGAUACCCGAGCCGGCGACGGCGAUUAACAUAUCCCAGCUGCUCUACAUGCUAUGCCUCCUUUUCUGCGGUGUUUUGGUACCUUCCAACAGCUUUCCGAGAUUCUGGAUCUUCAUGUAUCGGGUCACACCGAUCACGUACCUGGUCGAAGGUCUGUCAACGACCGGGCUUGGACGGAGAGCGAUCGAAUGUGCACGACAAGAAGUCCUCGUUCUCCAAGGUCCCACAAAUGUCACUUGUGAGAUCUAUCUUGGACCUUAUGUCUCCGCCAACGGGGGACGCAUCUUAAAUCCUGACAGCAUGGGAUCAUGCAGAUUUUGCCCCGUUGCAGAUACAGAUAGCUUUCUUGGUGUGUUGACCAUGUCGUAUUCGCGAAGAUGGCUUGACCUUGGCUUGAUGUUUGUGUACAUUGCUUUCAAUGUAUCGGCAGCAUUGGGCGUGUACUGGCUUAUAAACAGGCGGCAGAGGCGUUAG